UUAAUAGCAAAUGCAUAAUCUAUAUAUGGUGUUUCAUGGGGAACUGAAUAAUGCGGAGUGUUGCUGGCCUUUUACUACACCCAUUCUGUAGGCCACAAUGCAAAUCACUGUAUAUGUACUAGGUUUCCUUCUAGCGGGGCUAGCGCUGACCCCGCCUCAAUUGGGUAAUUACUAUGUAAUUAGCUACAAACUAAUGUAAUUGCAGUAAAGCAUUCUAAAUUGUGAUCCAAACAUUUUGCACACCCUGUCAUUAUAGCUGAUAACAGAUGUUCUGUGGCUAAAGUGUAUACUACUGACUGUCAUCAAAGUUAUGUCACAAAUACUCACUGCUAUUUUAAAAUUAAACCUUUAUUUAACUAGGCAAGUCAGUUAAGAACAAAUUAUUAUUUACAAUGAUUGCCUACCGGGGAGCAGUGCGUUUGACUGUUGUUCAGGGGUAGAACGACAAAUCUUUACCGUGUCAGCUCAGGGACUCGAGCCAGCAACCUUUCGGUUACUGGCCCAAUGCUCUAACCACUAGGCUACUUGCCGUCCGUUUGGUAUGAUUCGUUUCCCCCUAAAGUUUUUCUCACAACUGUUCCUGAUGCAUGCAUUAACUUGAAUGCAAUAACAUUUAUACAAUAGAAUGAAGCAUUCCAAAUAUUCCCUGGUCUGGUAUUGAUUGACGAAGUAAGUAUAAUUUGAAGGGCCCUUCAUCUCAUCACAGAGAUCCCCUCUUCAGACGUCUGAUGACGUGUCUGCCAGAAUAUUACGCUGGGGAAGCAGUGGAGUGGAGUGCACUGAAUCACAUCAUCAGAUGAAUGCAGAAUUAGAAGCAAGAUUUGCAGAUGAGACCAAAAUGCAUAUUCCAGUGCACCGCACGCUUUCCACAAGGUUUCUCUCGGACCAGUAGUUGUUUUUACAAAUUCAUGAAGAUUUGACAGAGAUGCUUUUCGUGGAGGCGUUGAAUGACUCACUUUGAGGAAGUUGCUGAUGUAGAGGAAAAAAGGUCGACAUGGCCUGCUCUUCCCCUUAUCCUGGGGCUCUCUUUAGGAUGCAGCCUGAGCCUGCUGAUGGUCUCCUGGACCCAGGGAGACACAGAUGACUCGUGUGGAGAUGAACUGGGCAAUGGGGGUCUCUUCCUGGGUAGCAAUAGGAGAGACCCCCCAGAGGACCAGAGAGGUGGUCCUGGGAAUGAGGACUUCCAGCCCCGCAUCGUACCCUACCACAAGGACCCCAACAAACCACACAAGAAGGUCCUCAGGACGCGCUACAUCCACACUGAACUGGGCAUCCGAGAACGCCUCCUGGUGGGUGUGCUGACCUCGCGGGCCACUCUUAACACGCUGGCCGUGGCGGUGAACCGCACCGUGGCCCACCAUUUCCAUCGCACCUUCUUCUUCACGGGCCUGCGCAGCCCCAAGGUCCCCCACGGCAUGGCGGUGGUGGCCCACGGCGACGACCGGCCCGUGUGGCUGAUGUAUGAGACGGUGCGCCACUUGCACCAGCACUACGGCUUGGACUACGACUGGUUCUUCCUGGCCCAGGACGACACCUACAUGCAGGCCGAGAGGCUAGCCGAGCUGGUGGGCCACCUCAGCGCCGGUCAGGACCUCUACAUGGGCCGGGCUGAGGAGUUCAUCGGUGGGGAGGAGAGGGCCAGGUACUGCCACGGGGGUUACGGCUACCUGCUCUCCCGGAGCUUGCUGGCACGCCUGCAGCCCCACCUGGACACCUGCCGCAAUGACAUCCUCAGCGUGAGGCCUGACGAGUGGCUGGGCCGCUGCAUCAUCGACUACCUGGGUCUGAGCUGUGUAGAGGUGCACCAGGAGAUGACGUAUCGCUACUUUGAGCUGGGGAAGAAUGCAGACCCAGAGCGAGAGGACAGAGCCCAGUUUAAGAAUGCCUUCACGGUCCACCCUGUGUCAGAACCCAGCCUCAUGUACCGCCUGCACAAACGCUUCAGCCAGAUCGAACUGGACUGGACCUACCUACAGAUACAGCAGCUGCAGGUCCAGAUCAACAACCUGAGUGAGCUGACACCAGAGGGGAAGUCGGGGGCCACCUGGCCCAUCGGGGUCAACCCCCCUUUCAGGCCCAAAACCCGAUUCGAGGUCAUAAACUGGGAGUACUUCACAGAGGAACACAUUUACUCGUGCCCUGACAGCUCCCCCAAGUGUGAGCUGCGUGGCGCAGACCGGGCCGACGUGAGCGCCGUGCUGGAGACGGCCGUGGAGCGCCUCAACGAGCGUUAUCAGCCCCAGCUGCGCUUCAGGAAACGGCAUCUGCUCAACGGCUACCGGCGCUUCGACCCCACUCGAGGCAUGGAGUACGUGCUGGACCUGGCCCUGGAGGCUUUCACCCAGAAGGGUCACAACCAGGUCAUCGCCAAGCGGGUCAGCCUGCUCCGCCCUCUCAGCACCAUCGAGAUCAUCCCCAUGCCCUACGUGACGGAGGCCACCCGGGUGCAGGUUAUCCUGCCAGUCACAGCCAACGAGCAGGACUAUGUGAGCAACUUCCUGGACAUGUACGUGAUGAACACUCUGGACACGCAUGACAACGUCCUGCUCACCUUCCUGUUUGUCUACGACCCCUUCGACGCCCAACGGAUCAGUCAAGCUGACGUGUUCGCUGGCAUCAAGGCCAUGAUUGGCGAGGUGGAGAAGCGCUACGGUGACGUGAAGAUCCCCUGGAUCAGCGUGAAGACGGAGGUGCCGUCGCAAGUCAAGCUGAUGGACAUCAUCUCCAAGAAGCACCCGGUGGAUACGCUCUUCUUCCUGGCCUCGGUGUGGACCGAGGUCAACGCUGACUUCCUCAAUCGCUGCCGCAUGAACGCCAUCAGCAACUGGCAGGUGUUCUUCCCCAUCCACUUCCAGGAAUUCAGCCCGGCUAUCGUGUACCGCGACCAGCAGCCCUCAGCCGCCUCCUCCUUCACCGCCGAGGCGCUGCGUGAUGGACGCUUCGACCGCCACGUCUUCGAAGAGGCCUGCUUCUACAACGCCGACUACAUGGCGGCGCGCACCAAGAUGGCCGCCGACAUCCUAGACAACGAUGAGCUGCUGGAGAGCAUGGACGUGUACGAGAUCUUUGUGCGCUACUCGGGCUUGCACGUGUUCCGGGCGGUGGAGCCAGCGCUAGUGCAGAAGUACGUGCGGCGGGCGUGCAACCCGCGCUUCAGCGAGGACAUCUACCACCGCUGUGUGCUCAGUAACCUGGAGGGCCUGGCCUCGCGAUCCCACCUGGCCAUGGCCCUUUUUGAGCAGGAACAGGCCAACAGCACCUAGGUGGUCUAGUGGGGCUCUUCCACUGCAGCACUGGUGUCACGCUAGACUUUUCUGGACCAGGCCUCAGAAGACAACAUCUAUGGGCCUAACACUGGUGCAGUGCCUGACAGUGGAAAUGCACCAUACUGUAGGUCUACCAUCUAAUGACAUUAUGAACCUCAACCACACUGCCUCGACUUUUAGACAAGGCAUGUUAUGGGAUGCUUAAUCUUCAGACGGAUCCCGAAGGACCAAGGAAUAAGGACCCAUGUGCAAUCUUAGGCCUGCGAAGACUGAGGAGCAAUAUUACAACGUGUAUUCCUGCUAACUGUGUGUGCAGGCGAACAGAACUCUGUGCUUUCACACCAAUGGUAGUCCAAGGAGAGGCUCUAUUGGGAGGUGAUGAAUGAACAAUGAACAGCAUUGAUGUCUAUUUAGGGCUGGGCAGUAUACUGUAUUUUACUAUGUACUUUUAUUGAUGCACGGACCAGUUUGUGUUUAUACUUUAUCUUCUAUAACGGUAUUUGUGAUACGUCACUCUGGCUCGUGUAAUGUCAGUUUUUAUAGUUUACUCCGUUUGCUCCUGCAUGCCACUUCCCCAUGUGCUUAUCUCUCUUCCCCUGCCAAUCCCUGCCCCCGUCACUGUUGGCUGUCAAUGCUGUGCCGUUCACUUUGUCUGCAUGGUCAGAUGUUACCAGAUGUUAGUGAUUUCCACUUUGCUUAAUAUACAUUCACAAACGUUCUAUAAUUACAUUAUUUUUUGUAUAUUACAGUCUGCAAACUAGUCAUUUGUCUUUUGAGAGACGCUAAAUAGUUUGGGCUAAUUGCUAGUUAGCUGACUAGCAAGCUAGCUAAAUGUACUCAGAGAAAACGUAGCUAGCUAAUAAAGCCUGAUACCAGUACUGGUGUAGGCCUAGUUCAGCAUGUUGUUUAUGCAAAAGUAUCUUCUAAAUCAGAGAUGGAGAAGCAUGAAUAUGUUAGCUAGUGCUAGCUAACUACAUGAAGUAAGAGAAAACAUGUAAUGUAACAUUAGGGUCCACUGGGAAACACUGACCAACACUUUGGUUCCUACCAUGUCACAAUAAUUCCUCCCUGGCUUUUUCAUUCAUUGUCAUGUCAAACAACAAUGAAUUCAAAGUACUGUCCACCAUAUUCCAACUAUAGAAUUCGAAUAAUCAUUCUAUUUCCAUGAUUCCAACAGUUCACCAAUUAAUUAGGACUAUAUGUUUUGCCCAUAUCAUGCAGCCCCACGUGGCAGUGUGUAAAUGAUAACAAAUGAGUGCAGGAAAUGCAGAAAUAUCGAUAUCGAAGAUAUUUUGGCCAUUUUGCCCAGCCCUAUGUCUGAUGUUUGCAAUGUUUUGUUUUGCCUUGAGAAAAUCACUAUGAGCUAUAUGUCUUCCUUCAUGACUGUACUGAUUUAUGAUGCUAAUACUGGAAUUAAAGAUAAUUAAGUGUCUUAUGUGUCUUUCAAUUUACACUUAGUUUGUUCAGUAUGUCAAACCUGUAGAGUGUAGUUUGUUUCAUUCCCUCGAAAAUGUGGUCUGUUUUUUAUUUUUCUACGGUGAUUAAAGGCAGAUGUCGCAUUCUGAA